UUUAGCUAACGUUCUUUCUUAGCCGGCUGACAGUUAAAGGGGUGCUAAACGCCGAGCAGUUUAAGGAAAAAACAAAUCCUGUGGAAAUGCAAGUUGAGUUCUCCGCCAAAGUUUUUUUUUAGGUCACUGUCAAAAACGUGAUUCCAGUGGAUGGCACAAAGGGCAUAUCUCGUGGGAUCUUCACAAAGACAGGGAGACACUAACUCCAACCUCGAUGAGUAAUGAACUUGAACCCAUUCUGGAGCAUGUCUACCAAUACUAGUCGUAAGCAGAGAUCUGACAGUGAGGAACAGGGUGGACCAGAAGAGCAGAGAGCCAGUCCUGCCCGGCCGCCGUUUGGCAAGAAGCAGCUUCCUGCAAUUCCUAGUAAUGCAGCCCCCAUCACCAAGCCUGCCUCAACAGCCACAUUGGCCCAGUCAGCCAAUGGCACACAUGCUUCUUAUGGCCCCUUCUACCUGGAGUACUCACUACUGGCUGAGUUCACUCUAGUGAUCAAGCAGAAGCUCCCAGGAAUUUAUGUACAGCCAUCGUACAAGUCAGCACUAAUGUGGUUUGGCGUCAUAUUCAUCAGACAUGGCUUGUACCAGGAUGGAGUCUUCAAAUUUACUGUGUAUAUUCCUGAUAACUACCCUGAUGGAGAGUGCCCAAGAGUUGUGUUUGAUAUUCCUGUUUUCCACCCUCUUGUGGACCCUGUGUCUGGAGAACUUGAUGUCAGGAGAGCCUUCACCAAAUGGAGACGGAACCACAAUCACAUCUGGCAGGUCCUUAUGUAUGCACGCACAGUUUUCUACAAAAUCAACACCAUGGAACCACUCAACCCAGAGGCGGCUGUACUGUAUGAGAGGGAUGUGCAGUUGUUUAAAAGCAAGGUGGUGGAUAGUGUGAAACUAUGCAACAGUCAUCUUUUUGACCAGCCUAAAAUAGAUGAUCCCUAUGCAAUAAGCUUUUCUCCAUGGAACCCAGCUGUUCACGAUGAAGCAAAGCAGCGGAUGUUCACAUAUAAAAGACGGCCUGAGGAUCACCACAAGGGAAUGCAGGUGUUGGGUCUGUCUUGGGUGAGGCCUGGAUCAACACAGCCCUUCAGCAAAGAUGACAACGCUCCCCAGAGCUGAGCCUGUACUGCCACAUGAAGAUCCACUAGAGGGAGACUCAGAGCAGGAUUUCAUGCCACGGACUUGCCUUAACUGUUCAUGUGACUAGAACAUUGAAACAGUUGAGUGGACUUCAUAGCAACUCUUCGUUUUGCUUGGCUUUAAAAGCAUUAUAGGCACCUGCUCAAACAGCUUUAGUGUAAGGAAAAUAAGUUUGUAUUAUAUGUAAAUUGACAGUGUAAACUGGAUGUCUUGGCAACACUAGGCUGCAGUGCAAUCAAAGAACUAUAUUUUGGUUUUAGGGUGCUAAAUGGUGGCACCUGUAAUGUAUACCACUUGUUGAAAUGGGCUUGACAGUUUAUUAUUUGAACUUUGAAUGUUUCUAGUCCCAUAACGGUUGGUGGUCUUAAUCCUUUUCAUAUUAGAUAAUGGCUAGAUUUUUUUUUGUUUUAACUGUAAACUAUUGUUUCAAAUUGUUUAUAAUAUAUAUCAUGCAAAGCAGGCAAGUACAGUUUUUAAUAAGAUGCUAAAUUAAGCAAGUUUUUUUUUGUUCUCCAUUUUCGUUUUUGAAUUUAAUUUACCCCAAAUUGAUUUUUAAAGUUUGAUGUGUAAAUAAUGGAUGCGGUGCAGAGUUUUGAGUUCAGUAGACAUAUUUGCUGCUAAUUUGGAUUGUCUAGAUAAAGACUUCUUUCCUCACAUCUUUCACUUGACUUUACAAGAUCUUUUCUUGUAGAAGUCAAAUUUAAGUUAAUAAGGUUCCCAUACAGGUCUGUGGAAACAAAGUAAAUGCUUAGUUAAAUAUUGAGGUUUUCUAGUGUUCCACAAAAUGUAUUUUAACACAUUGUUCAGUCCAAAUACAAAUGUAUGCAUAUUUUCAAAUAGUUUUAAACUUAUGCAGUAUUGCAUUUGAAGUUGUGAACAAUGUUCAACAAGAGAAUGCUUUUGCUGUGUUGACGGUCAUAAGGUUAGUUACUACGGUGCAAACUCAUUGGCUCUAUUUUAUAGCUGCUGUGAAAUGAGGUAAACACUAAAUCUCUUAUGCUUCACAUGCUGUAGAAUCGGUAAACAAGUGUGACGUCACCGCCCCACUCUUCCUUCAGCAUGGAACUAGUCACUCAAUUCUCUGGUUUGUGAAUUGUGAAUGAUAAUGCUGUUAAGGCAAUGUGAGAAUGGAGAGCUUUUCUUUGAAAACAAAUAAAGUUUUCCAAAACUU